CUACUUUCCCGCUGCCAAAAGUCGAAACGCACGAUAAGACUCUCUCUCUCUCCCUCUCUCUCUCUCACGAUCCCUCGAUAAUGAACUCUCGAGAAGCGGCUUUGAUCUCCAGCGGCACUCUCGUCGGUGCCAUUGCUUAUGCAAUCGCAAUCCGCUUCUUCUUCAGCCCUACGCCUGCGAGAAGGAAGCACUCUACCGUCGUCCUCUCCGCCGCAGACGGCGUCGCCGAUAAGGAAGCGAAGGUUCCGUGCCCCUUCGAUCCGUCCAAACGCAAAGGAUAUUUGUCAUGGGAUGAUUAUUUCUUGGCAAUUGCAUUUCUGUCUGCUCAGCGCUCCAAGGAUCCUAACAGGCAGGAAAAAAAAGAGAACAUGCGUGCUCUAUGUCUAGUUGCAGGGCCAGUACCAGUCCAGGUCGGUGCAUGCCUGGUGAGUGAAAAUGGUAUAAUACUUGGCAUUGGCUACAAUGGUUUCCCCCGUGGUUGUUCAGAUGAUAAGCUUCCUUGGUCGAAGAAAUCAAGGACAGGCGACCCCUUGGAGACUAAGUAUCCUUAUGUUUGCCAUGCGGAAGUCAAUGCUAUUCUGAAUACUAACCAUGCUUCUGCCUCUGGGCAGAAGCUUUAUGUCACAAUGUUCCCGUGCAAUGAAUGUGCCAAGAUAAUCAUUCAGUCUGGCAUUUCGGAAGUUAUCUAUUUUGUGGAGAAGAGGCUGAAAGAUAGUGAUACUACCUACAUUGCUUCUCACAAACUUCUAUCAAUGGCUGGUGUUAAGGUCAGGAAACACCAACCACAGAUGGACAGUAUUUUGUUGAAGUUUGAGGAGCCCUAGACCUAGAGAAGCUUCUGCAUGAUACAACCAUAUAAUGAAUAAGCUUCUAAAUUAACCUAACCAUCCAUUGCUUAUUGUAAUGACUAUGCCUCAAUUCUAUGAAGGAUGAGAGUUGUAAGAUAUUAUCUGAUUUUAGGCUUGCUGCAGCUGUACUUUUAACAACAGCCAUUAUCACAUUUUUGUUGAAACCAUCGGUGCUUGGCUUUGAAGUUUGAAGCAUCUAAUGCCAUAAUGUUGCCUUCGAGGAAUUCACACUAUGAGGUGGUUGUAAAAAAUUGCAAUGCCUCUACGCAGACAUGCAAUUACUAUUCCCAAUAUGUUGGUUGUAAAAUUACAAUUUAGCUCCACUCUUAAAAGAAUUACAUUUCCUAAGCUUGUGAGCUUGUAGAAUGCAUGAGUUUG